AUGGCUAGUGCUGCAGUGAUGAUGGACGUGGACUCCUCCGGUGUCAAUGAUUUGCACCAUUCCGAAAAGAAAUACGCGGAACAAGACCAAAUUCAAGAGCUUUUGAACGUCUUGAACGAGAUCUCCAAGACCACCACCACACUAGACCCCAGAUACAUAUGGAGGAGCUUGAAAGACUUGAGCUCUCUUAGAAACCAAGAGCUUUUAAACGCAGAAAUUCUAUCUUUCACAGUGAAUGUCCUGUACCCUGAUUCCUCGUCAUUUAAAAAAAAUCUACUGAAAUUCAUUAAUUCCAACCACAAGUCAUCAGUAUCCGACUCAGACGAGCUUAGAAACUCGUACCCGGCUUCAUUUUACACGGUGAACACUGAAAAAAAGACCAUUGAAGUAACACCUGAAAUUAACUGUUUCAUCCAUCUCUUGGUUCAAUUAUUUUUAUGGGACAGCAAGAAAUUGGAAGAGCUGGUGGCAUUCAAUAGAAAGGUCGUUAUCCCACAAUUGUUGUGUUUUUACAACCUGCGUUCCUUAAAUCUGAUCAACGCUAAGUUAUGGUUUUACAUAUAUUUAAGUCAUGAAACAUUAUCACGUGGCUGCAUGGAAAACGAUAACGAUAAUCAAAAUAUAAUUUUGAGGUCCACCAUGAUGAAGUUCUUGAAAAUCGCCUCUUUAAAACACGACAAUGAAACUAAAGCCAUGUUGAUCAACUUAAUUCUAAGAGAUUUCUUAAAUAACGGUGAAGUCGAUAGCGCGUCCGAUUUCGUCUCCAAGUUAGAAUUUCCUCACAUAGACGUUUCCAGUUCAUUGGAGGCAAGGUACUUCUUCUACCUAUCCAAAAUCAAUGCUAUUCAAUUGGACUAUUCCACCGCAAAUGAAUACAUUAUUGCAGCCAUAAGAAAGGCUCCACACAACUCUAAGAGUUUGGGGUUUUCACAGCAAUCAAACAAAUUACACUGUUGUAUUCAAUUACUAAUGGGUGAUAUUCCAGAAUUAUCAUUUUUCCACCAAUCGAAUAUGCAAAAAUCUCUUCUGCCUUACUAUCAUUUAACCAAGACCGUCAAACUAGGUGAUUUGAAAAAAUUUACAUCCACAAUCACAAAGUAUAAACAGCUUUUAUUGAAAGAUGACACUUACCAACUUUGUGUCAGAUUAAGAUCUAAUGUUAUUAAGACAGGUAUAAGAAUCAUUUCUUUAACUUAUAAAAAAAUCUCCUUAAGGGAUAUUUGUUUGAAACUAAAUUUGGACUCGGAGCAAACUGUAGAAUACAUGGUUUCAAGAGCUAUCAGAGACGGUGUCAUUGAAGCUAAGAUCAACCAUGAAGACGGGUUCAUCGAGACCACAGAAUUAUUGAACAUUUACGACAGUGAAGAUCCCCAACAAGUAUUUGAUGAGAGAAUUAAAUUUUCCAAUCAACUACAUGAUGAAUACCUUGUUUCCAUGAGGUACCCUGAGGAUAAAAAGACUCAACAAAAAGAAAAGAAUGAAAACGGUGACGACGAUGAUGAUAUGCUUGAUGGCGAUCUAUUGGAUGAUAUGUCAGAUAUCUCGGAUCUUGACGAUUUGGGGUUCUUAUAA